AUGGUGAGGAAAUACUAUUGCGACUACUGUGAUCGAUCUUUCCCAGACAACGCUGGUGCCCGAAAAAAGCAUUUGGAUGGUGCCCAACAUCAACUUGCCGUAAAAUUGCAUUACGACUCCUUUCGAAACCCGGUGGAAUUGCUGCUGGAGAAUGUGAAGCGACCAGCAUGUCGAAAAUUUCAGGAUACCGGAUAUUGUCAGUUUGGUUUAAGUUGUCGGUAUUCACAUGUUAAUGGUGGGAUUGAUUUCUCGCAAGUUGACCCUGCGAUUUAUCUAUCUCGAAAUUUGCAUUUGCUGAACGCACAGCAAAAGGGGUUAUUUUUGGGGCUCGGAGAAGGAGGAUCAGGAGAGGGAAACUUGGUGCAGAAUUCACAAGUACAAUACAGUCAAACACAACGCCAGUCAUCUGCUGUACACCAUCAACAAUCUCAAGUUCCAAUAACCAGAUAUAAACUUCCUGGAUUACCAAAAGAUUUGCCCCUUUCUUUGAGAUUUCCCCCAUAUUCAGGUUAUGAUUUUUCACGUGCUGCUCAAUGGGGUUGA